UCCGGGCCCAUCGUUCAGCGACUUCCGGACCAGGACCCGUCCCUUCCGGGCGCAUAUUGGACCAAGCUGAGACUGUAGCGCUCCCAGUGGUCACUGCCCCGAGAAUCCCGUGACCACGCCCCCCCUUGAGAAGGAGGCGGGUCAUUCCCGAGCUGGGCUGGAUGGGGCGGGGCGGGGCGGGGCUGUGCCGGGCGUUCCCGCGCUACCACAGUGACCGCGUCACCCGAGGAAGAGGGGACCUCUCGGCCCAGAAGUGCUGGUUCUUUGCCCGCCCGGGCGCUUGGACUUGGACGGAAGGAAAGGACCAGGCCAUACCUAUUGUUUAAAUCUCACCCACCCAAACAGACACCACUCCUCAGGAGCUCUCAACUCUUUCCAAUCCAGAGCCUUUCUCUUAGGGCCUCAGGGGAUGAAGUCAAAUCCUAAACCAAUUAACAAAAUUAAUCCAGCCCGAGCCAGAUAUGCAAACUGCCUGCCUAAUCUGUUGAUUGAGCCGGGGCCAGCGGGGGCAAAGGAGGUGAUCACAAGAAGGCCGCACCCACACGGUCACACAUGCGAGUACACAGUCCCAGGCGAUAUGGGACCGUCGGGUUGCUUCUCUCCCGGGUCCUGACUCUCACCUCGCCAACCUGCUCCUCCGGACCAGCCCCGGUCCUGAUGUCCAAGACCGUUCCUGGGGCGCUGAGAACGGGACAGGUUGCUUCUUUUUUUCCUUGGCGGAAGCCUUAAUUAGACCUCUGGACUCUAGGACAGGGAUGGUGGGAGUGAAGGCUCCUCCCAGGUGCUCUAACUCAUCUCUGGCCGCGGCAAAUGAGUGGAGUUCGAUCAGCAGUACUCUGGAAAGAACUAUCUUGUAUCAGGUAUCAUGUUGCUGUGGCCCUGCCCCCACUACUAACUACUGCUGCUCUGGGUUGCCCCCUCUCAAGGAAUCUACCAGCAGUCGCCUGCUCUACACCCUUAUACAUGUGGGGGCCUCUGCUACCAGCUGCCUCCUGCUUUCCAGAACAGUCCUGGACACCUUCUGGGGCAAAGUACUGAUUCCCUCUGGGCUGUGUACCACUCCCUCUGGGCAGAAUGACUGCCCAGUACCAAGUGGCUCUGGGGCUGUGUACCGAGUAUGUGCUGGCACAGCCACCUUCUACUUGCUGCAAGCUGUGAUCCUGAUUAAUGUCAACUCUUCUACCAGCCCCCGGGCUCGGCUACACAAUGGCUUCUGGCUCCUAAAGGUGCUGGUCUUGGUGGGGCUCUGUACUGCUGCCUUCUACGUCCCAGAUGAGCACAUCUUUCCAGCAUGGCACUAUGUGGGUAUCUGUGGAGGCUUCGCUUUCAUCCUGUUGCAACUGGUGCUCAUCACAGCUUUUGCUCACACCUGGAACAAAAACUGGCUGACAGGGGCUGCCCAGGACAGGCGCUGGUUUGGGGCAGUGCUGCUGGCCACACUGAUUUUCUACAGCAUAGCUGGAGUAGGAGCAUUCCUUCUAUUCCACCACUAUACCCAUCCAGCUGGCUGCCUGCUCAACAAGGCUCUACUCAGCCUGAACCUUUGCUUCUGUGGCAUCCUCUCUUUCCUCUCCAUCACUCCCUGCAUCCGUCUCAAACAACCUUGUUCCGGUCCCCUACAAGCCUCCAUCAUUAGCUGCUAUAUCAUGUACUUGACUUUCUCUGCAUUAUCCAGCAGACCCCCAGAAAGGGUGCUACUUCGAGGACAGAAUCGUACCAUAUGCCAGCCUAGUGUGAGCAAGGUAGGGGCACAGACACCAGACACCUCUUUGGCCAUUCUGAGUGCUGGAAUCAUGUAUGCCUGUGUGCUUUUUGCCUGUAACGAGGCUUCCUAUCUGGCAGAAAUGUUUGGCCCUUUGUGGAUGGUCAAGGUUUACAGCUAUGAGUUUCAGAAGCCCUCCAUUUGUUUCUGCUGCCCAGAUAAUCUAUCACUAGAGGAAGGGCCCAGUGGAGAGGAGACAGGCUCAGGUGCACCACAAACACCUCAUCGACUCUCCUACAGCUACUCUGCUUUCCACUUUGUCUUCUUCCUUGCUUCACUCUAUGUUAUGGUCACUCUCACUAAUUGGUUCAGUUAUGAAGGGGCAGAGCUGGAAACCACAUUCACAAGAGGCAACUGGGCUACUUUCUGGGUCAAGAUCGCUUCAUGCUGGACUUGUGCACUACUCUACUUGGGACUGCUGCUGACUCCAGUUUGCUGGUCAGUCACUAGACCCUCUCAACCCACCCGUGUUAUACGCAGGCGUUGCCGUCGAAUCCAUGUCUCUACCUAAGCUGCUCCUUCUGAACAGAGAUCUUGGUCCUAUAGUUAUGAAGGGGCAGAGCUGGAAACCACAUUCACAAGAGGCAGUUGGGCUACUUUCUGGAUCAAGAUCGCUUCAUGCUGGACUUGUGCACUACUCUACUUGGGACUGCUGCUGAAUCCAGUUUGCUGGUCAGUCACUGGACCCUCUCAACCCACCCAUGUUAUAAGCAGACGUUGCCGUCGAAUCCAUGUCUCUACCUAGGCUGGAGCCUGACAGCUGUUCUGCCCCUGACAGUGCUGGGCUGAGGAGAGAAUACAGCCUAUUUAAAAAAAAAAAAAAAAAAAAAGAAAAGAAAAGAAAAAAAGAGAUAACUUUUCUUUUUUUUUCUUUUUUUAAAGCUAGCUCUAUCAUUUGGAGCUAAAAGCAGACUAGUGAACACUCUGGGUAUGCUUGUUUUGGGAUGAUGGACAGGCCCUGGCCACAACUUAGUCCAGGAAGGGAGGUCCCUAAUUCUCUGGGCCAUCAGUUCUUGGCAAAGAAUUGACUCCCCAGAGUCAGCAGCCAAACACCUGCUAUCCACCCCCACUUAACACUUCUCAAAUCUCUCUAGCUGGAAGACAGGAAACUGGUCAAUAAUACUGGGGGAAGGGAAACGGUGAGAGGAAGGAGAUAGAGAGACUGAAAGAAAAAUAGAGAAAGAGAACAACAUACUGUCCCACUUUGGACAAAGGAAAGUAAAACUGGUUCUGGAACUAGUGAUAUAGUCAAGGAUUAUAGCCCUCAAAAGCAUGUUAGUUCCUCAAGAAAAUCCUAGGGCUAAAGUAUGGGGGGCAGUUUUGCUAACCUUCAGUUGUGAUCUUGGGGACAAAACUAUCAUUCUCAUCCUUGAAAAAUGACUGCCACUGGAACAUAACAGGUGAAGGAGCAAAUUAAUAUUCUACUGACCUGGCAGCCUGAGAAAAAGGAAGAUGAAAGUAACACCCACAAAAUUACCCUUAGAUAAUUAACUUGACCUCUCUUUUGCCUUGAGCUGAU